GGCUGCUCUCUCAGGUUUUUAUUCUCUGAAGAGGGGACACCAGCCAUCAGGUGGAGCAGGCUCUCUCCCCUUACUUCUUCCUCUGUGCUCUAUCAUGUCUGGGAAGCCAGCUCUGCAGGCCCCUGGAGGCCCCUGGGCUGCAGCUGUGAUGCUGUGGCUGGUGGCGCUGAGGGCCCCAGUGGCUGAGGGCAGAGACUCCCCAGUGGACUUCGUGCACCAGUCUAACUUCUUCUGCUACUACACCAACGGGACGGAGCGCGUGCGGCUCCUGCACAGAUACAUCUACAACCGGGAGGAGAUCGCGCGCUACGACAGCGACGUGGGCGAGUACCGCGCGCUGACCCCGCUGGGGCGGCCAGCCGCGGAGUACUGGAACAGCCAGAAGGACUUCAUGGAGCAGAAGCGGGCCGAGGUGGACACGGUGUGCAGACACAACUACCAGAAUGAGGCCGCCACCACCCUCCAGCGGCGAGCGGAGCCCACAGUGACCGUCUCCCCGGCCAGGACAGAGGCCCUGAACCACCACAACAUGCUGGUCUGCUCGGUGACGGACUUCUAUCCAGCCCAGGUCCGAGUCCGGUGGUUCCGGAACGACCAGGAGGAGACGGCCGGCGUCGUGUCCACCCCCGUCAUCAAGAACGGGGACUGGACCUACCAGGUCCUGGUGAUGCUGGAAAUGACCCCCCAGCGCGGAGACGCCUACACCUGCCGCGUGGAGCACAUCACCCUCCAGAGCCCCAUCACAGUGGAGUGGCGGGCGCAGUCUGGAUCCGCCCAGAGCAAGAUGCUGAGUGGCGUCGGGGGCUUCGUGCUGGGGCUGAUCUUCCUGGGGCUGGGCCUUGUCGUCCGUCACAGGAAGCAGAAGGGGCUCCUGCGCUGACUCCUGCGGGUGCUUUGAGUGGGAUCGGCUGUGUUUCUUCUGAAAUGCCUGCCUGUUGUCCUCGCCCAGAUUUCCCAGCUGCCUGAGAGCCUGCUCCCUCUGAGAUCAGCGUCCCAGUUACUCUGAUGCAGUCAUCCAGGCAUCUCCUGUGACCCCCUAGAGGCCAUUGCUGUGGCCUUGGGGUCUGUCCUGUGGGCUGCCAUCUGGGUGUACUCAAGGCCCCCAACGCAUUUUUCUUUUGUCCCCCCUCCCCCACCUGCUGCACUGUCCAAGAGAAGCACAUUAAAGCCUUUACCUGACUCCAGAGCUUUUGUCACAAUUAAGCACGUUAUCUGUA